AUGAUAUCUUCAGCCCACCGUAUUAGACUUGAGUCUAGAUCUGGUAGACAUACCACAAAUACAUCAGGACUUUGUCCUGGUUAUGGACAAGGUAAUUUAAUUGUGUUACCGAACGACGCAGCAGUAGAUUUCAUUGACUUGUGUUAUAGGAAUCCAGUGUUUUGUCCAUUAUUAGGACAAACUCCCGUUGGAAAUCCCCGAGAGAUUAAUAAUAAGGAGAUAAUUCAUGAUGAGGAUUUUAAUAUAACUACUGAUAUCCCUAAAUAUAACAUAUAUGAGCAUGGAAAGCUUCUUUCUACCAAACUAGAUAUUACAGACGAGUGGUGUGGAAAUCACAUAGCAUUUAUAAUAGGUUGUUCAUUUUCCUUCGAGAAUGCACUUAGUAAAAACGGCCUUAAACCCAAGCAUACGUUAAGUGGCUCCAACGUUUCAAUGUUUAGAACUAAUAUACUACUCAAUCCUGCUGGUAUUUUCAAAAAUUGUCAUGCUGUGGUAAGCAUGAGACCAUAUAAGCUCAAAGAUAUUGAAAAAGUUCGCAAUAUAAGUAGAAAAUUUAGAAAAACCCAUGGGGAACCAAUUGACUGGGGAUAUGACGCUGUAGAACGCUUAGGAAUACAGGAUCUCAAUAAUCCAGAGUACGGGGAUGCAAUCAAAAUCGAUGAUGAUGAAAUUCCCAUCUUCUGGGGAUGCGGUGUUACACCUCAAGUUGCUGUACAACAAGUUGGUGCUGCAAUUAGCGGAAAAGUCAUGGGCCAUUCACCUGGUCAUAUGUUAAUUUUGGAUAUUAAAGACAAUGAAGUCAUAAAUUUAUAA